GAAAAGAAGGUCUUCUUGCCAGUCUUCAGUAGUCUUAAUAAUUUUUAUAGUUUACUUUUUCCAAUCGAAAUGAAGUGCUUUAUAGUUUUCAUCUCUAUUAUAUUAAUAUGCACUCAAUUGACAAAAUGUGAACAAAAUAAAGACGGUAUGGUUGCCUACAUUAAAGGUUCAUUGCCAAAUCAAAUAUAUCGGUGCAUCCAACGGUUUAAUAUUUUAAGAUGUCUAAAAUAUUUUGUUCUCUUACGACUGGAAGCUCGUGAUUACUCAUUUUCACCAACAAACUCAACAAGUGAAUUUUUAGAAAACAUUUUAAGAAGUGAGAAUAACUUACCAAGAGAAAUUCCAGAGAAUAUAACAAAAUUAAAUGAAGAUGAUCUAAAUGACCGAUUAACGGAAGGUUUUCAAAGAUUUUUUAAGAAUCGACCCAUAAAAUUACAUUUCAUACCUAACAUAUUAGUUAAAGUUGUUCCAAACCGUGGAAAUGAUUUGGAAGUUUCACUGAAAAAAAUUGUUAAUGGAAGUUUUAGUAGUCGUAAGCUUGAUGGUGCAUCGAAAGCAGAAGAUGUUGAUUCUGAUUAUUAUGACGAUGAGGACGUUAAAGAGGAAAAGGAUGAAACAGUAAUUAAAGACGAGAAAGGUGAUAUGAAAAAAGACGAAAAAGAAAAAGGAACUGGAAUGAGAAAGAAGCAUGGAUAUUAUAUUCAAUUAGGAGUUCCUCUUCUUCUUACGCCAUACAUGGUAUUUGCUGGAUUUCUUCCAAUGCUAAUUCCUGUUCUGAAACUUGCAACUGCAUUUACAACAAUUGUUAAUGUCGCAGCUCUGAUUGGCUCGAUCGUUUAUUUAGCACGACAACAUGCACUUGAACGAGAAAUGCAGCAAACGGUCUACUUUAAUCCCGGUUAUAAAGAAAGAAAAUGAAAACAAGUUCAAGGGCAAGCGAAAUAAUUAUUGAAUAUAAAUGAGAGCAUAUAUGAGAAUCAUUUUGUUAUUCCUCUUCCUCCAUUAACGCAAUAUUAGUUUUUAAUCUCAAAUUAAGCAAUUAAAAUUAAUAGACUUUGAAUCAUUAAUCACAUUUAAUUAACCAAGAGACCUUUAGACUAAACUUUUUAAUAAAUGCCAUUUUGUGUGAUCUAUUGUAACAAAAAUGUGUGUACUAUUUCGUGUAUAUUAAAAAUAAUAUAUAUUUU